CGCGACACCGAGUGAUUGUGUUUGCAUGGCUUUUGUUUCGCGUGCGUGUGUUUUUAAACGCGCAGCAAAUAAAAAUAAGAAAAAGAACGCACGCGAGCUCGAGACGGAUACAGCUUUAACGAGCGCGAGACGUCGAUAUCGGAGAGCGAUGCUUGCUUUUUUUUUUUCGUGCACGCGGGCUUGAGAAAAGAGCAGGGAGAGUUGGGAUUGCAAAACCGGGGUGGGGGGGGGCUUCACUCCCAAUGCACAACAGCGAUUUCCUGUUCAACUUUGGUGCUGAUGCGUGGAACAAAACAGCGAGUUUUGUUGUCACUUUGUCACUCAUGUUUAGAUUUUUAAUAUCAAAACAACAACAAAUGCAUAGCGCGUGACUCGGAUUCAUUGCAUUUGCUUCAGAAAUGUUUGCACUGAACGCUUUUUUUUUCUUUUUUUAAAAAACAAGUCCCGAGGGUCGCCCUAGCUAGCUGUCUAGAAAGUGCACAAGCUAUUUCAUACAAUCUUUAUAAUUAACCUCUAAUGCAUUUUGCUUUUGCUUUGCUUUGUUUUGUUUUGACUCUUUUAUUCCAGUGUUGCUUCCAAUGAACCAAAGAGUAUUUCAGUGCACAAAUCUGAAAUCUGAAACUUCACAACGCCUGUGUUGUUGACCCACUUUGAGUUAGCAAAUCGCCUAGCUAAAUCUAGCUGUUUACAUUCCACACAAGUAGGUAUUAUUUACACUUCCCUACAGCAGUUUUCAUCACCAGAACCCCCCCCCCCCCCAACAAAAAAAAAAAAAAAAAAGAGAAAAAGAUGAAGUUUAUUGUCAUGGCAUCAUCAAGCCAUUUACACUGUGUACAUGUUUGUAUUUUGUGCAUUUCCUUACAGCAAAUGUGAGGGGGGCAGAAAAUUUUUUUUUAGUGAAGAGGAUAUCUGUCAUGGCAUUAUAAUAGUGCCAUGAUCUAAAACAACACACGAUAUUUAAAAUUCAUUUGAUAUGCCAAGAAUGGAAAAUGAACCGAUUUAUCGAAUGUGCACGCACUUGUGUAUUUGAGUGACUUCUGUGUAUGCUUUGUAAAAUAAUUUACAGUUGUAGUAAAAAUGAAUCUAGUUUUUGCAGCUGUAAUAGAUGAUAAAACAUGGAUAAAACGUAAUAUUUCUGAACUGUGUCGUCAAACGUUUUACUAACGCAAACGCGACGUCACACUCCUAGUCCGAAAUAACGUGACGCUAGACUUCAACUGUUUGGAUUUGUCACACGGGCUGUUACUAUAGAAACGCUGACAUACUGUAAUGUAAUUUUCCUGACUUAAAAAAGGAAACAGAAAUCGAACGCGUUUUUGUUUCUGCAACGAUGUCUGUAUUUCCGAGUGAAUUGUUUUGUAUGAAAUAACGUGACGCUAGACCGUGGUUUAGCCGUUUGGAUUUGAUUCGAUGGUGAAAAUCGAUGUGCCAUUUAAAAAAACCCCAAACAAACAAAAAAAAAAUCCAUAUCUUAUUAGUCAUCGAUUAUGCGAAGAGUCCGUCGUCCAAGUCGCUUGAACGAGAUGUUACUAUAGAAACGUAGCGACGAGAGCAUGACAUUUUUUGUGACGUAAAAGAAAAACACGAAUCGAACGCAUUUUGAUUCCGUCACGUCAUAUAUUUCCAAAUAAAGUUUCUAAUAUGAAAUAAACUGACGCUAGGUUUAACCAUCGGGAUUGGAUUGGAUUGGAUUGGUUCUUUACGAGGUUAUUGGUUUACAUCCGCGUGUGGCUUCUCCGGUUACAAAUCGUCCGCAAAAUGACUUUGGACACGGACUAACGUCGUAUGUAAACAGAAUCUGCUUUGUGUUUAUGUGCCGAGAAAGUAAACCAAAACGAAGACCAAUUUCAUUGGCUUGUCAAAGAGUUUAUGUUUUGAUAUGCCUGCAGUGAUGACGUGUAUUGCUUCUGUUUGCUAUUCAGUUCAGGGGUCGUCUAGUUUGAUAUUUGGACUUUGUAGCAGUCACAUGGGGAAAGUGCAUUGCGUGGUACAAAACUUACUGCCGUUGUUGUUGUUCUGUCUAUUACAUAAAUGAGGCAUUUUGCAGCAUUCUACAGCUGCAAAAUAUACACCAAAUAUGGAAUAAUUUUAUAUCACCUAUCACAUUACAGUCCAUAUUGCAGUGCCAUAUAUAUAUAUUGUGAUAGCAACAUUGAAUAGUUGAAACCCAUUUUGUUAAAGAUAAAUAUUCUGAUUAUUAUUAUGAAACGAUUUUGAUUUAUAAGGAAACAUUUAGAUAUUUGACAGUACCGUUGAAUCUGUUAUGAUGUGAUAGUACGAUUCGAUUCAGUAGCCUCUGAACGAUAUGACCAACUUUUAUUCAGGAUCUGGAGCAGACCUACGGCUAAUUCGUGAAUGAUGACGACGUAGAGAAGACUAUUUUUAAAUGUUUCAGAGUAAUGGGCAAAUCAGCCUGCUAGCCUAUUUAUACAUCAUUUAAAAAAAAUCUGAAUUAUUAUUAUUAAAAAAAAAUUUUUUUUACACCAUCGCUUGUUUUUUUCCCCGGAUAAGAAUCGUUUCACGAAUGUUGCAUCGAUUAAUUUCACUCGUUGCCUUUUAAAUCGGUCCGUCGAUCCAAAUCGUCGGCUCGUUACGCCGUUAAUUAUCGUUUUGUGCUUGUUAAAUGUGUGAAAACCUCGACAGAAUCUCACCAGGAGCUCUGCGAUUGGUCAGCGCAGUUUACACAUGGCUUUGCGUAUUGUAGCCUGUGCUGUGUUCUCACUACCGUACUGAUCAGUAAUACUAUAACAUCAAAGGUUUCCAAACAAUAUAUCGCGCAGUCCUUAUUUUCAUAAAGCAAGGAUAUGGCAUAUGGCACGGCCUUGUGAUUGAGAUCAUAUAGACCAUAUGUACGUUGAAUUGCUCGUGGCGAAAUUUGGGUAAAUUGCUAAGCACGUAAUGUGCAGAAUAUACAAAACGCAAACAACACCAGAGCAUAUGAUUCAAAAUAGAACAAAAUAAAUACAAUAAGGCGAUCCACUGUUGAUGUUUGUUUAAUAAUAAUAAUAAUAAUAAUAAUAAUACUUCCUGAGGUACGUACUGCACACGUAGGUUUCGUGAUAAUAUAUGUGGUAGCUAUAUUUAUUCCUAAAAACUAGACCAGAAUAAUAAGAAUAAUAUAUGCUGUGCAGAUCUGGUCUAUAAUCUGUAGUAUUAUUAUUAUUAUUUGAUCCAUAUGUAUAAAUGUUGCUAUUAUUUAAGCCGUGCAGAAGAUAUAACGGUGCAAAGUCGCUGAAGACCCUCGUCUGCAGAAUGAAAUACGUCGAUACCUGCCGUUCAGGUCCUGUGUUAUGUGUCAGUCGUUCGAUUAAACCUCCAGCAGGUCCCGUUAUGAAUCGAAUUGUAAUCAUGCUGUUAACGCAGAUAAAAGUUGUAUUAAUGAAAAGACAGGCGGUUGUUAUGAUUGCUGUUGUAAAUGUAAAUUGGGUUGCAUGUAUAAAGAGUAAAUAGCUUGUAGCAUGUAAGUAUUAUACGUUGGAUAAUCUGCUGUUAACCUGUACAAGUGGAUUCUUAAAUAGUGUCUGCUGUAAUAUUUUUCAAAUUUGGCCUUUUUUUUUUUUUUGUGGCUGUAUGGGCUUAAUGCACGUAUUUGGGGCAGUACGGUCUCAGAUACAGUCGAUGUCAUGAUGCUAAUUUUGUACGUUACUCCUCAUUGGGUGAUUCUGAAAUCUGGCUGUGUCCUUAAUCAUCUACUGAUUAGGCUAGGGUUUUAUAUGAACAAGGCUAAUUGUUUUCUCAUAACAAGAGGAAUAGAUUUGUAUAAUCUUUAAUCUAUAUUUAACAGAUUGCUUUAAUAAACCCUGGGCAUGUGGUUUGUGUUUGUCAUGGCUGGCUUUUUACAUUUGCCAUAGUAAUGGCGCUGCGGCUGCGUUGCAGAUAUCGAGAUGUUGGCCGCUUUUAUUGGCCUCUCUGCACGUCUCUGCUCGGCUCACUGGGAUACCGUCGCCGUGGCAACCGCUCGUUUUUUUUUUGCAACUCAAAAUGCAGCCUGCAUCUACGUAUCUUGCGGUCUGAAGCCGUCACACGGUAAAACGAUGUGACUCCGUCUGGCAUUCAGUCUUCCUGCUAUGAGCCGAGAUCCGUCGGCGUGAGAGCGUGAGAUUAAUGGAAGGUGUGACGGAAGAGUUGAGGGAACAGUCGGAGAAAGGGCAGGAUGAGAUAGGACCCACUUUAGUAAACGAUACGCUCCCGGUCGGGAAGGACGAUCCGUCCGUCCCUACGGUCAUGGAUCCGGGCGAGGACGAGACGGAGCCGCCUCCCGAUUGGCUGGAGCCGUUGGAGGACUGUGACGACGAGGGUGAUGAAGGUGUGGAGAUUGACAGGAGCAGCAAGCGAAGAAGCAGAAGGGGCAAUAAUACCUCGAGGAGACGAGGGAGGCCGUCGGUGUCUUCGAACAGCGUCUGGGUGGAUUGUCCUGACCUGGGAAGUGGCUGGAAACGAAAAGUAAUCUUCUGGCGUGCGGGAAAAAGUGCUACGUACUACAUGAGUCCCAAAGGUAUCCGCUUUAGGAGUAAAGUCCAACUUGCCAAACAUCUCAAAGCUGACCUGGCUCUCUUUGACUAUAAAGAAGGAAAGUUUGUGGAUGCUGUUAUCCCAAGAAAGCGCCGAAAAGUCCGUGUGAAAGAAGAAACCAGACGCUCCAGUCUUUCUCCCUCCAGAGCCACUACUCCAGACCUGGACAAAGCUCGCGCCUUGGAAAACCUAACCACGCCUCCUCAGAACGGGCCUCUCAGUCCUCAGAGACCCCAACUCAUCCCUAUAACUCCGUCCACCUCUCCAACUCUAAAGACCUCCUACAGAAGCCCUCCAGAGCUUACUCGCGUCUCCCCCACCAUUCUCCAGCAGCCCAGCCCUUCGCCCUCGCUCAAACUGGACGAUCUUUCAGUUCAAAACAACUCGGUAUCUCAGUCCUGGCUCCAGUCCUCUCUGGCCCCUGUCAGCCCCACCAAAACCCCUGAGAGUGACUUCCCCACUUAUCCAAAUGGCCAGAGUGCCGCGAAAGACUCCCCGUACCUCCAUCCACACCCUCAGACACAGCUGGCUCUGGACCCUGAAGGAGGAAUGCAGGAUCAUGGCCUCCCUCCUCUCGAAGGCUGUGCAAACUGUGGCUGUAAAUACACUGGGAUGGGUAGUGGGAAGCAUCUGCUGUGUCCCAAAUGCAGACCAAGGAGAAAUCAACAUCCUCAUAUUGUCUUCAGGAAGGUGGGACAAGAUAGGUGGAUUCUGGGAAACACCAAAAACGACAAUUCCCUUAAAAAGAAGAUACCUCAGUUAGGGAAGAGACGCCAUCCUUCUCGGUCUCUCAGAUUGAUGGCUCAACAGGAAAAAGAAAAGGAAGUGAUUAAGAAGGAAGUGCAGCAGGACAGUGACGACGACGACGACGGGCCCGAUGCUGGACCCGAUGAUGAUGAUGAUUACGGUCCAAGGAAACGCAAACGGCGAAUGUGCGGUCAGUGUAAAGCUUGCCUUCGUAACGAGAACUGCGGAAAAUGCGAUUUUUGCCUGGACAAGACCAGAUACGGUGGCCCGAACAAGCUGAGGCAGAAAUGUCGGUUUCGUCAGUGUCAGGUUCGGUCCCGCCUUCAGACAGGGUCACUUAAAUACGCCAGAUCUGUCGGCUUGGCGGACUCGGGACAAGGUGAGCCGAGCCCCCGGAAGCACGGCAGACGCUGGGGGAGGCGUAAAAUGAAGCGUCGCUCAAGAAGCAACACGUACUGUACGGACGAUGAAAACGAUGACGAGGGCAAACACGGAGGAGGCAGGCGUUCGGUCAGGAAAGGACGAAAGGGCAGGCCGAGGAAAUAUGUGCGGCGUCUUAAACGUGUGAAGGAUGAGGAAGAGGAUAAGGUGUCGGAUCCGGAGAUCGAGGACGGAGGACCAGGCGAUCUGGAGCAGGACCCAUUUGUGGUGUGUGAUGAUGGCAGCAGUGGUUUUUACGAGUCUGAAGAGCUCUUCUCAAACAACUACAUUCAGAAUGGUGCUGACCUUGACGUUCUCAGGAGCAGUGGACAUCAGCCAGUGGAGGUGGAAUACCCCGAGCUUCCUCAGGGCCCACAAUUGGUGUACACCUUACCAGGGCUUCCUGAUGGCUCUCAGCUGCUGAGCUCAGUCCUGCCUAACGGUGUUCCACUUCAGCUGAGUGCUGUGCCAGGCACACACGCGCCCCUGAUGCUGGAAGAUGUGCCAGGCAAAGCUGCCCCUCAGCAACACUCGGAGGUCCUGACCAACAACAGCACGUCCCUGCAGCUCAGUGAUUUUCUGAGGAAUCAUGGAUUGGAGCUAGUCGAGGUGGAUACAACCAUCCCACAUAUCCUUCCAGCUCUUCCCAGCCAUGAACCAGAGCGCCAGGGUGAACCGGGGAUUCUGGAUGCAUCGCCUGAGAUCUACAGCCUUCCGGACUCUACUGAGAGUUCCUCGGUCCGGGACUCGGGACUGCUGGAGCUGCUGACUUCUCUGCGCCGCACCAUUCUCCCUGCUCACUGGGUGGGGGUGAUGGCUAAUGGGCCGAUCCUGCAGCUCUUCCAGUGUUCCAAGCUCUCGCCCAUGGCUGACACGGUGCUGCAGAUCGACCCGGGCUUCCUCUACCAGAUCAGUGUACAGAACCAGCCGCUGCUCCCGACGCACGCCUUGUACGAACGCCAUCCGGCCCGCCUUACGUCCGUCAGCCAAGUAGUGACCCUGCUGCUCGACCUGGAGGAGCUGAACGUGUGUCAGGGCUACCAGAGCUUUGAGGCGAACUCGCAGCGUGAGCCGCUGCUCUGUGCGCGUGCCGCGUUGUGCCAGCUGCUCGUCCCGCAGGAUGAGGACUGCUGCGAUAAAUGCCAGGAGUGCAACCCUGUCAUAACGAGCUAGUGCACAAAGCUCGGUGAAAGUCUGUGAUCAAACAGGGGAGAUCUGAAAGUCGUUACACUUCACUGGUUUAUUGUUAAGUGUGUAAAGUCAAUACGAUCAUCCUACGUUAGAACCUUAUCAAUGCAGGGGGUUUGUGUUGAUGUGUAAACGUUGCCGAAACUCCAGGGUAGUAAACCUAUUUUAAAGGACGACUCGGAUGUUUUCCAACCUAAUCUCUAUACAAAGAAAUCUGUAGCGUAUGCGUGAUUCCCACAGGCCAAAUUUUCGACACGAUUCCCUGUAUUGAGAGAAAGAACAGAACAGAGAACCUGGUGACUAUAUGACUAUAUAAUGUGAAAUUUAAAACAACUACGUUUAGUCUCAACAAAUAAGUCAUUAAAAUGAUGAGACAGACAUGAGAGAUUGUUAAGUCUAUAAAUAAUCAGGUGGAAACUGAGGCAAUAUUUAAGUUCACAUUUACUACUGUCAGAGCUGCUGUUAUAAAAAAAAAAAAUUCAUCAACACCUUCUGACCAAUCACACGAUUGUUUAUUGACGCCUUCAGCAACUGCCCUUCGUUAGACUCCCAUCAUUACUGAGUUUCAAGUAUUUCAAGUACCGAAAUUCUUCUUUCGGUACGCGAGGAUGUGUUGUAUUGUAUUGUCCUAGUGAUCACACACGCGCAGUACAGAUCCGCUAGCCGGUGAUUAUCUUGGAAAAUUCUGGAGUGUGCUUUAAGUUUCGUGCUCGUUUUGAAAGUUCUCCUGGCACUGACGGCUCCAGCGGGAUAGAUGAUAUUCAUCUCAGCGCAGUCAAGCUUGCAAGCCUGAUCAAGCAAAGGAAUAUUCCUGGUGAGAUUUGAGAUUUCCUAGUCAGUUCCCCAGGACACUUCCUGGAUGUUUUAGAGAGAUUAAAAACAACAACAACAACAACGUUUUUUUAUUUUAUUUAUUGAUUCGUACUGUGACUUUGUACAAUGGUGCUCUAAGGGCUUGGUUUGAUUUGACGUCUUCUUCAAAAAGAAAUGACUCUGGAGCCGCGUCCUGUUGUUCUAAUGGUGCUUUUUCCCUGUCGGCGUACAGUAGCUCUCUGUAGCAAAACAUCUUUAGCGAGCCUGCGACGCUCAUCCAUGGCCAACCCUGCAGCGCUCAAGCGUUCUUCGUCCAGGCGGCUGUCUGUUCCGUUGUUCUCGGUUUGCAGUGUGGAGAGACUAAGGGAAGUCAUUGACCUUUAACUACCUCUCAGUGAUUCCUUGGGCCAUCGCUGGUAUCCAUAACUGUUUAGCGUUGCUUUUUCUCAUCUUUGCGUUUUUUUCUUUGCAAGGUCAUCAAGCUUUGACUUUUAGUUUAGUAAUGAUAUACUUUUACCUGAUUUAACUACUCUAGGAUGUUUGGAGUGCUGCUGUUUGUGUUUUUUUUUGUGUGUAUUUGUGUGUUUUGUUUUUUUUUUACUGUUAAAUCCCAGAAAAAAAAGCUACUACAAUUUUAUUAAACAAAUUUUUAUUUAGAAUGAACCUUAAAACCGUACAAACCUUAUGGUAUAUAUCAUCUUUUUUUUCUACAGCGUAAUUCUUCAGUAUCACAACACUGUAAUGAUAGUAUUAGCACAGAAAACAAGUGUCCCCCGUCCCCACAUUGCUAUCUGACAUGAGCUGUGUCUCAAAUCACGUACUUGUGUACUAUUCUAGACAACCUUUGAGUAAUCGAAACUGUCUAGAAGGCUCACCGAGGAAAAAUACCAACUAAUGUCUUGGAGUUAAAAGAAAACCUGGAUAAUUUGGUUUUCCCAAAUAAAUGGAUAAUUGGAACGUUUGGAUAAUUUGGAACGUUUUCCCAAAUUAAUUGUGGAGCGAUUGAGGCUUUUCCCCCAUCAUACACCAUGGAAAUGAAACAGAAGGGCCUUGUAGGAGAUAUUUUUUUAUUAAUAUUUUCCUGACAGUUGCCAAAAUCUGGCGAGAACUUCACCGAAUAUUACAGAAAGUGUUCAGAUUUUAAAACCGCUGAUUCUACCUUUAUGUAUUAGGUCAUGGUAUGUAAUCGGAGGCACAGCUAUGGUCAAACCACUCAGUGAUUCAUGUUAAAUCAAACGUACUGUAAUAUAACACAAAGAAUAGAAGGGGUGACAAAUCGAAGAGGGGGGGACGGUGAGUCUGUUAAACUUUGGAGGGCAUUUCUUUAUUUUGCUGGCAGGAUUUGGCUCAACUCGUCCCUUGAGCGUGAAUGGUAACUGCAAAUACAGAGUUUUUAAAGUUUUGUUUUUUUUACAGAUCACUUUUAUCCUAUUAUGAAACAUUUCUAUCUUAAUGGGAGCGCUCUCUUCCAGGAUAACGUCGCCCCCAUACACUGACCACAAGGGCUCACUGAAUGGUCUAAUGAGGCUGAAAAUGAUGUAAAUCAUAUACUACGCCCUUCACAAUCACAAGAUUGUAAGUCUGAGACUUUGGAGCAACGAGCUCUCCGUCAACAUAAUCAAAACACCAACUGAGGGGAUUUUUUUUUUUUGGAAGAACGGUGUUCCUGUUGAAUCUAUGCUAAACCACAUUAAAGCUUUGGUGGCUUGUGGUGGCCCAACAGCUUUUUUUUUUUUCCUUUAAUUUGUCUCCUGUCUGUAAAUGAAAUAUUUGGUCAUCGAGUUCUUCACACUCGGAUUCUUCAGACCGUGUCUUCUCUCAUGUUAGUCUACCAAAAACUUUCUGUCUGUGCUAAUAAAAACAACCCAAAACGAUGAUGAUCGAUGUUAACCAAAAGCUCUACUGAAGCUGGGACAGGAGAUUGUUUUCUAGCUAGCGAUUAACAUGUGUUUGCUGAUGAUGCUAUUUUUACACUUGAGUACACCAUGUCGAACAUUGGUUUUGCUCUCCCAAUGCCACUUUUCCUUGACAGGUACCCAAAAGUUCUCUAAGGCUGCUUUCACACUUGCCAUUUUUUCCCACCCUCAUACAGCAGAACACUUUUAAAAAAAUAAUAAUUUUUUUUAAAAAAGCACUGCCAAAGGCACUUUUUUGUCACAGUAGAGCUUCCAAAUUUCUCAGUGCAGAGUGAUGUCAAACGUGUUUUUUUUUCUCUUUUUUUUGCCUCCCAGUUAUUCGCCUUGCAUGUGAGACAAACAAGCGUGAAGAACAACGUGCUGGUGGGGGAAAAAAUCAGCCUGGUUAGUGAGCAAAUGUGCUCACUUGCGACAUAGAAAAUGAUCAUUCAGAUAAUCAGCACAAAAGUGCUCCCAGUCUGGUGACAAAACGCCAAGUGUGAAAGCGCCCUUAAGCAUCAAUACAACACUUCAGGUUGGUGUCUUGCACUACUGAAUGAAAAACAUUACACGUUUGUGUCAAUAAGCUGCUCGUGCUACAUGGUGUCUCCUUGUAUUCGCAUUGCUGAGGCUUUUGAAAUGAAUAAGCGUCCCAAGGAGAAGCAUUCUAGUCCUGGAGAAUGGCAGCACACAGGGCAGUUGUUGUGUUUUCCCUGCUAUUUUAGGACUACAGAUGUGUCUCAUCAGUGCUGUUGAAAAUGUGACUGAAGUGUGAUACCAUGUAAAUGAACGGACUCAUGGACCAAAGUUACAGUUUGGUGAUUUCCCUGUGCUAACAAACCUGAUCCACCAAAAAGGCCAACACUGAUCUAAGAUGGUUUGGAUGUUUGUUGGUACCCUUAUCCCUUGUGCAUUUAUGAAUGACAGAACAUGUCAGAAAUGUGCAUUAUUAUUAUUAUUAUUAUUUUAUUUUUUAAAGCUUUUACCCCUCAUAAAACACUGAAUGGUUGCUUUCUUAUGUCAUCCCCAUGACUUUUUCCUUCAUUUUAUUAUUGUGUAAACAAAAACGUUAAAAAAAGUUAAUGCAGUCACCAUUCCCUUAAAAUAUUUUGCAGAAUUUGGUGUGUCCCUUUUCUCCUUUUUUGUAUAGUCACUGGCAUGACAGUUGAAAAAGAAGGUAAUACUGAAAUAUUUUUAUUAAAAUAUUUAAAGACUCUGAAAAGGCUGCAGAGCUCGACAAUUUAUUAUGAACACACUGUAGCUGUAGCAUAAUACUGGGUUGGGGUCCUGCUUUACCGCCAGUUUUUAAAACAUGAUUUCUAUGAGUGGUUAAAAGAUUUAUUAAAUCCUCUUAUUUGUUUAAA